GCCGUUCUGCCCUCAGCGGGAGGCGGGCUGAUUGAGGCGGGGGGAGAGGGAGGACCGGCCGACCGACUGACCGAUCGACAGACCCCCGCCCGCCCGGGCCCACCCCGCCAUGGCCGGCAUCGGCAUCGACCACUCCAAGCUGCCCGGAGUCAAAGAAGUGUGUCGAGACUUUGCCGUUCUGGAAGAUCAUACCUUGGCCCAUAACUUGCAGGAGCAAGAGAUUGAGCAUCAUUUGGCAACGAACGUUCAGCGUAAUCGUCUGGUGAAACAUGACUUGCAGGUGGCCAAGCAACUGCAAGAAGAGGAGGAUCUGAAAGCACGUGCUCAAAUCCAGAAACACCGAAAAGACUUAGAACGCCAGGACUGCGAGAUUGCUCAGGAAAUCCAAGUGAAGCUGGUAUUUGAAGCAGAGCAGCGCCGCAGGCAAGAGGAGAAAGACGAGGACAUUGCCCGACUCCUACAACAAAGAGAACUGCAGGAAGAAAAAAGGCGCAAGAAGCACUACCCAGAAUCCCAGGGACAUGCAGUCUAUGAAGACAGCUAUUAUGCAGAAAAUGGAGAGCACCCCUGGGAUGACCCCAGAGAGAGGGUUUCUGAGCCUCGCAGGGCACGCGGUGGUGACAGGCGCGCACACCGGCGGAGAGAGCACCGAGAAGCGCCCUCACCUGUGUCCAAAGGCACCUCUGAACACAGGCAUUCCCCCUCGGAGCGUCAUCGGAGGUCUCCUCAACCAAGCAAGGCCAGCAAUGGCCAUCGGCAGGAUGGGAAAUCAGCAAGCCAUGGAAGGUCCAGGAGACCUCCCAGCCUUGACCUGGAAAGAGAGGCUGAGCAUGGUGCCUAUGACCACAGCAAUAGCUGGGAGCCACAGGAGAGGAGAGCAGCCAGCAGGGAGAAGGCUUGGAGACCUCUCAGUCUUGACCUGGAGUCAGAGCAUGGACUCGCAGACCAAGCGCAGCGCAGUAGAAAGCCAACAAAGCAAGACAGAGAAAAGCACCUUCCUCGUCUUGAGGUGGAACUGGAGGCUGAGCAGGAGACCUGGCAUCGGGGCAGCAGCCAGGUGAUGCGCCCUGAGAAACACAAAUCUCGUCACCGGGGCCACUCAUCACACAGGACAGUGCAUGAUGAGAAGCUCCGUGAUACUGAACCUAAUGAUCAUAGGAAGGGCGAGGAGAGAGACUGCAAAAGGGCAGGACACAGAAGACCUUCCCCCUCCCAACACGCUGUGACACAGGGGAAGGUGAGAGACUGCCAGCGACACUCAGGCACUAAGUUGAGGGGGAUGCAUCAAUCCAUGUAUGACACACCCCAAAGUGAACAGGAGUUGUCUGAUGCAGAGAUUGCUCGGAAGCUGCAGGAGGAAGAGCUCCUGGCUAAUGAGGAAGACCAGAAGGCAGCUCAAGUAGCCCAAGAUGAGGAAAUUGCCCGACUCUUGAUGGCUGAAGAGAAAAAAGCUUUCAAGAAAGGGAAGGAGAGAGAAAAGUCUUCCUUUGAAAGGAGGAGGCAUGAUCCAGACUGGAGGCAUGAUGCAAGUGAGUCCACGCGCUCAAGGUCAAAAGAAGGACCUGAAACUCAGCGACACAGAGGUGACAGGCCUUCAAGGUCACAGCCUCACCUUGAUGACUUUGAACACAGUCGAUAUUACACAAGCCAGCCCAGCCCCUUGCGCCAGACCCCGAAACCUGAGCACUCUCCUAAAGGUUCCCGUAGGAAGCAGUAAGCUGUGCUAGCCUUUGCUUUGGUACUGACUCUUCUGUAGCAAACAUUACUGGAAUUGCCAGGCAACUUUCUUGAUUCCUUACCCGAUGGGAGGUACACCCUCUACUCCCAGGAUCUCCUCCUUGUCACCAUAUUAAUAAGGAACACUUGUUUGUUUCAAUUUCUUACUCAUAUGUGAUCAUUUAAGCAGUGCAGUAUAAUCUAGCUGCCACAGAACUGUGUGAAUCAACAAGCUGAUUUAACAGCUCCCUCUUACAUUGUUUUCAGGCUUUCCUCUUACUUCUGAGCUUUGGCUGGAGCUUUGACAAAUAGACAUGCACAUACAACAGGGAGGAAAAUCCAAGAAAUAAGUUGGGUUAUGGUAAUGCAGCAAGAACGUCAGAAGUACAAGUCCUUUCCAUAUUAGGGUGACUUAGCAAAGGGUUGUGAGAGUAAAAAUGUUUCUUCCUGUGCUGGGUAAGACAGCUGAGCCAACCUGACAGGGUUAUGAUAGCUUGCAGAAAGGACAGAGUGUAUUCAUAACGUACACCACCAAAACCCAGAACCUGGGACUAGUGAGGAAGAAAUCUGCCUGCAGAACAAAAUUUCUUAACUGUUCUAUUUCUUUUUAAGGUUUCCAGCAAUUCGGGUAGAGUGUGUAACCAGGCAUUUAGCUCCAGGAUAUAGUUAAGAGGAAAUACAAUUUCAACUGAAAUUAUACCUUGUGUGCAUGACUUUUAAGACGUGCCAGGGAGUUGAUGAAGCUGUGAGUUGUGGAUUGGGAAGAAUCACACAAACAGAUUUAAAUGCCCGAAGGGACCUCUGUGGUCACCUGCUUUGAGCUUCGGCAUGGUAGAAGCCAAGGAAUUUUUACUGAAGCCAAGUAGGAGCUACUGUAACUUUUAGCUCAGUUGCUGAUGCAGUUGAGUACAGUAACUUGUGUCUGAACCUGCAUACAUCUUAGAAACAUAGGACUAAAGGAGGGCUGUAUGGGCAUGGAGCAUUGCAUCCAAAAUCUACAGGUACAGGCAACUUUGAGCUAGACACAGGAUGCUGAAUCUGUGGCACACAGCGCACACAGUAUCUGUGCUGUCUCCCUUCUACGCUGCUCCUGUCCAGCACCCCAGGCAGACUCCAGUCAGGAUAAAACUGUUGAUCUCUGGGGCAUAGCUGGGUCUGCAAGAAUAAGUUGUCUGUAUAGAUUUGCUCAGGCAGUGGUUUAUUAUUUUUUUUAAUUUCUUUUUCUUUCAAUGGCUUGAUUUCCCUCCACUCUUAAAAAAUAAUUCCUCUUGUGCAAACAAGUAGUCUUUUCCCUUGGCCUCCUCUCAUUUCAAUUCUUUUGUCUUUUUAAUAUUUUUUUGCCACUUAAGUACAUUUUUAAACUGCCAGACCGAGCAUCUGGACUCUGGCUUGGAGUCUUGUUCAUCCAGUACGGACUAGUUAUUCAUUUGGCAGUUUAGGUCAUGGCAGCAGCGCCUGGCUGCACUGCCCCUGCAGCCCAGCUUCCUUAUUGCCCGACGUCAAGUCUGUCCUACCAUGCUCUUCAUCUGCUGGCAGCUGCAGUUCGGCCCUUGGGUUUGCUGAGGGAGGGAGGCAGAGCCAUAACUGUUCUCACCCUCAUCACCAUCUGCCUGGGAAAGGCCCCAGCCAGCUCUGUAGAGCUUUGUGAAGAGCACGUGCUGGUGUGGAGCACUGGUAGGAAACUGGAAGAGAUCAUGACUCUCUGCUCUUGCACUAAUGCACAGUUCAAGCUCCAAAGCAGCUGAAAAACAACUCUUGGCUGUUGUCCUUGGUCAGGAUAGUUACUGAGGCAAAUCGCUAGGAAGACGAGGCAACUCCUUCACAUAAGCUGCAAGGGAAUGUUUAAUACCACAGCAUGAGCCCUUGCCUUGUCUUGACCAACAGCUCAAGAAACCUGUCUCCUAUCCCUACUAGUGUGUUGGCAGCAAUUGUGCUGUGAAGAACCAGCUAACCCCAGUAGAUCUCUGCUCCAGGCAUACACUAACUAAAAAUGCUGUAAUGUAGGACUUUGUGCAUUGGCAGCAUCCCAUUAGCUGCAUACCCUUGCUUCCAGACCACGAGCUUACUCACCUGUGUGAGCCUUUAGUGACUCACGAGCUCUUGCUUGCUGCUUCUUCUCAGGAAAUAUCCCAGCCAGCGGCUAGAUUGUACUGCCCUUGCCUUGUUCCCUCUUCUAGUUCCGUCUCUGUCCAUUCAGAAGUGUUAAUGUUGUUUUAAAUGAUCUGGAAAAAGAGCAACAUAGACUGUACUUUUUUUUUUUUAUUUUAUUUGAUAACUUGGGCCAAUGUGGCAACCUCAUCUGCAAUUACUUUAUUUUGUAAAAAAAUAUUUUUGUAUUUCAUGUAACAGUCAAAAUUUCUACUGCUGAAAAUGCCAUUUUUUUUUUUCUUUUCUGUGAAUUUAUCCCCUUCAUUGCCAUCAGAGUAUUUAUUGUUGUGAAGUGGGAUGCCUGAUGGGGUUUUAUGGACUAAUACUUUCUACAGAUACCCCAAUCCAGGCCCUGCUACUUGUAUCAUCUGGUGCACUUGAAAACUGGAUGAGGAAAAUCUUGCCAAAUCAGAAAGUGGUUAUGCUUUGUACUCACUGUGCAUGGGGAAAACUGGUGACCUUCUUUAGAGGGAAGGGGAAAUCACCAACAAGGAAUUCAGCCCUCCCUGGGCCUCUGUAGCUGGCUGUGAUGGGCUUUCUUGCAUUGCAGUUGGCUGAUGUAACUUCUGUCUUCCCCUAAUGUCAUGAAGGCCCUGAGCCUAGUGACAUUUGAAGAACCUGUUAAUUCAGGAGGGAUGCUUCAGUGGGAAUGAGUAGAAAUGAUAUGAGAGAAAACUCUGGUUGAUUUUAUUUGGAAGCUGGGUAAAGUCUGAAGAAAACCUCAGUGCUUGCUCUGGGGAGCUGCAGAAUCUACUUAAUAGACUCCUUGUGCCAGCCAAGCUUUCUAGCCAUGGCACCGAGAGACCUGAUCCCAAGGGAAGGAUCCCAGGAGCAUCUGCUGCUUCCUUGGAUGCUUUCAGAGAGUGUUGAAUGCUUUAUGGGCUGCUUUGGUCUGUAUACUCCCUUAGUUCUUACCUUUUUAUUCUUAUUCCCUACACUUAUUUGUUUGCACUCCCUUUUUGAGUUUUCUCCUGUUUUAUUUUACCAUAGCCCUUGUGUAAAGAGGAGCUCUGAGGUUUUGUUAGAAGGGGCUGACAUCUUUUGAGAGAGAGAGAAAUGCUAGGAACAGUAGCUGAGAGAAGCAUGUAGUAAAUAGGGUAUAAAUAGAACAUUAGCCAUCUAGUAUACCUUGUGGGCUUCAUGCAGGUUAGAGACUUCCUGAAGCAAAGAUUGCAACUGGAUUUGCAUGUUUAGUAACCAGUUUUGAAAGGAGAUUCCGUGGUCCCAUUGGAGUCAACCAGAGUUGAGUUACGAUCAUGGAUGAACAUAGAACCAAGUCAUUUUGGAGCUCAGCUGCCAUGGUUCUGCUGAGAAUCAGAAAAUGCAGCUUGUGUAGGCGAGAUGCAAAAUCACCACCUUGCAGGUGGUUUGCUGGAAAGAGGCAAAAUGCAGUUGAUCCUUUUAAAAAACAAUCAGAGCAAUAUUUCCUUUCUAUGACAGAAAAAUGUUUAAGUAACUCUAUUUUUUCCUUGUCUUCCCUUGCCAAGUUUUAGUAGCUUUGCCUAUGGUUUUGCUCUGUAUUUAACAGCAUGUCAGAGCCCUUGUUGGGAAUCCUGCCCUGGUCGUUCAGGUCUUGCAUCCCUUUCUGACUGUGCAUUAACAAGGCAACAAACAGGCACCAUGAGGAAAAUUCAUCACCGUGAAAUCCUGGCACUUCCUAAUCUCCAUAGUAGGCACAUCUCGCCAGCAAGAGCUCUCGCCACCUCCUCGCCUCCGUCCAAAGCACACUGGUCUGCAGAAGAGAGGGCGGGCGAACCCGAGUGAUCGUGCCUUACGUGCAGGGAUACUCCAUGUCUUCAGCAGUCUGAGCUGAGUCACCUUGCUACGAAACACUGUCUUAACGUGGACUGUACAGCAGCGAGAAGCGGUUGCCGUCACGUGGAUAGAUCCAACAGGUUAAGCUCAUCUCUUUUGAAGAACUUCGUGGUUUUGAACUUUCGUGGGGUGGGAAAAUAUCAGCUGUUGGGGAAUAGAUGAAGUCUCAUCGUUGAAUUUCUCCUCUUGAGGAGGAAGGACAGAAGUUACAAAUGCUGCAGUUUGCUUCACUCUGUAAAAGGGAUCUUGUAUGUACAGUAUUUUUAUAUCUCUGCAUUCCCACCUGUCAGGAUUUGAAUCAGGAUUAACAUUCUCUUACUUAAGGGAAAAAAAAAAAAAAAGGAUUUUUAUUUUUACAGUGAUAGACCUUUGUGCGUUGGGUUUUUUUUGUGCCAAAUUACAGCCACUGUUACAUUCUAGUGUUUUCAUUCAGUUUAUUGCUAUUGAUCAAUGUGUAUAUUAUAUAUUUUUAUUAUCAAGGUUUUUAUUUGAAUUCAUAUUAACCUGUAUGCAAACUAACUGUGGAUUGCUAAUUUAUAUAUAAAAGGGGAGCACUUGGAGACAGUGUGAGGAUUCCCCUACUUAGUUUACACUCUUGUAAUCCAGUGCAGCAAGUCCGUGGAACUCGUUGCUUCUUACACAGGGUGAUCUCUGGGGUGUCUGUCACCCCGAGCAGAUUGCUCCUGCCAUUCCCCCAGGCACUGCAAGGCUGGGUGAGAGGCAAUAGGAAAUGAAGCACAGCUCACAGCAUGGACUGAGGGGUGACCGAGCUCUCUGCUGUCCUGCUCCUGGCAGUGGUGCCAGGGAGGAUGCUGCACAGAAAUUCUCACCUGGGGUGACUUUGAGGGUUCCUCUGCCCUAUAUCUGUUCCCAGCUGAUGGACAGGUUUGGUUUUGCCCCACUCUCUCAAAAUGCUCAGUGAGUGCUUAGUUUUGCAGUUGUUUUGGGAGGUGAGUGUGGGAUAUAGUGCUGAGGCACAGCAGAACCCCUCGUGUGAAGUGUACCGCAGGCAGCUUGUCUCUUUUGGUUUUUUUUAAUGCUAAGGGCAAGCAUAAACCUACAGAGAUCCAUCCCGAUUUACUGUACUCUUUAAAGUACGAGCCUUAGCACAUUUCUGGCUGUGCAGCACUGCUGGGGGGGCUCUGGCUGUGCUGCACACAAAAGCCUCUUGGACUGCUACACCCAGGACAAGCUGCGGGGCACAGGUUUUGUGUGGAGAAGCUGCACUGCCCUCAGUUUAUAGGCUGGAGAGACCAUCGGCCAUCUCCUCCCCAUGGGUAGCACAGGGCAAGGCUUAGCUGUGCAGUUUGGGCUCUUCCAGGAGAGUCCCAGAGAGGACAGUGGCACACACAAAUGAGUAUUUUCUAUUUCACAGUAAACAAGUUCCACUGUAUCAGUGUUCACUCUAAGUAGACUCCACGGUGUGUCUCCAGCUGCAUCUGUGCACUGCAAUAGAGUUAAUUGCCUCGGAGAAAUAACUGCAGUUGUCUCAUUUAGCUCUUCAGGGUAAACUUUCAGCCUGUUGAAUCUAAAUAUUAGCCGUGCGAUGAGAUGGAUUAGUCAGAAGGCUUAAAUUCUUCAGAGCUGCAAGGGUACCCUGCGUUGCAACAGCUAAUCCUUAAAUAUCAAUUGCGCACUGACAAUAAGCCGUCUAUGCAAGCCUAGGUUUAUUUCUUACUCUUGACUGUUCACUCUAUAAUUUUAUCAGGUUUGGCAUAGAGCUUCUGAAUGACAUUUAACCAAAGUAUCAUGUCCAUGUGUGUAUAGCAUGUUUUGCUUCAUACUCCUGAAUUCUCAUUGAAUGUAAAGGGAACAUUGCCUUGCCCUAUUUUGUUCAAUAAACCGCUGUAUUUUGUUAUCUAUCACAUCCUUCUGUCCCUCCGUGUGCUUUUCUGGAACGCUGAAGCGGGUUACACAAGAGCAGGAGAAAACAGAGCUUCGUUCCACCCUUGGCUGCUGGAGCUAAGCUGCUUCUACCAAUAAUUAUGUUCUUCCAGUGUAAUAGAUGUAGCAAAACAACAAAUUUGUAUUUAAUUUGAUUGUUUUGUGGCCAGAGAGAUGGAAAAAAAAAAAAAGCUGUGUAAUAUCUUGGAAAGGAUCUGGACUGUUUCAUUUCCUGAGACUGUGAUACUGAAAAAUAAAGCAGUGUAAUUAUUUGCAA